UAAACACAAAGUUGUAAAUCAAUGGGAGAACAACAAAAAGUUCACCCGGUUCUUCAAAUGGAAGCCAACAAGACGAAGACAACAACACCAGCUCCCGGAAAGACAGACUUGCUUCCGGUUCAACGGCCGAUUCCGCCUCCUGUUAUGCCUAGUAAGAAUCGAAAUAUGUGCUGCAAAAUCUUUUGUUGGGUGUUAAGCCUUCUAGUUAUUGCAUUGAUCGCGUUAGGGAUUGCGGUUGCGGUUGUAUACUUUGUAUUCCACCCUAAACUCCCGCGAUACGAGGUCAAUAGUUUACGAGUUACCAACCUUGGAAUCAAUCUAGACCUCUCUCUUUCCGCGGAGUUCAGAGUCGAGAUCACAGCUCGUAAUCCAAACAAAAAGAUUGGGAUUUAUUACGAGAAAGGAGGCCAUAUAGGUGUAUGGUACGACAAGACAAAGCUAUGCGAGGGCCCUAUACCGAAGUUUUAUCAAGGGCAUCGUAAUGUGACUAAACUAAAUGUCGCUUUAACGGGAAGAGCGCAAUACGGGAACACUGUCUUGGCGGCAUUGCAGCAGCAGCAACAGACCGGACGUGUGCCGUUAGAUCUCAAAGUCGAUGCACCUGUUGCCGUAAAACUCGGGAAAUUGAAGAUGAAGAAGAUUCGGAUAUUGGGGAAUUGUAAACUUGUUGUUGAUAGUUUAUCAACAAACAAUAAUAUCAACAUCAAAGCUAGUGAUUGCAGUUUUAAGGCCAAACUUUGAGAUGUUCUUAGUUCUAGGCUUCUACUGUUUAUUGGUGUUACUCAUUUCAUCAUUUUCGUAGACAUUUGAUUAAUAUUUUGAAAUUCUGGUUUUAUGCUCAAUAAAAUUUGAAAAAUUUG